GAAUUAAUGAUACCAGCUAUGCUCUCAAAUUUGGAUUUGAAAUCAGCAAUGUAUCCAUGUCAGAGAAAAUUGAAUUCAGGAAUGAAACCUAUGUUUUAAUCCAAACCACUAUAAACAAAUUGAUCACAGAGAUCCUAAAUGACCCAUCAGCUCCUCAGUUUGAUAUCAAACAAGUUGAUUUCAAUGUUAACAACAGCCAGCCCUCUCACCACAAGCACAACCUCUCCACCGACUGUGAUUGGGAAGGUUAUUAUACACAUAAGCCUUGUGUUUAAAACACGGGGCACUCUACCAAGUCAGAGUACCGUUCUACAAGUGGCUAACUCUCUUUUAAUUGGAAUGAAACUGAGAACUAAACGAGCCCUCUCAGAAAAAAAUCUGAAUGACCUUGUGAGCUCUGUGAAUGUCACCUAUACAAAAAUUGAUGAUAACUCCUUCUCUCUGAACUUUGGAUUUGAAAUCAGCAAUGUAUCCAUGGCUGAGAAACUUGAUCUCAGGAAUGAAACCUACACAGUGAUCGAGAACUAUAUUAACACAUUUGUGUCCAAGAUCCUAAAUAAAACAACGACGACUCAGUUCAAUUUCAAUGAUGUCAAUUUCAAGGGCAAUUCCAGCGUGAUUGAGGCCAAUGUUGUGUAUGUUUUCUCAGACAGUGACAUAAACAAUUUUGGCUUGGUCUCCAUUUUUCUCGCCACACCUGCUCCAACCACUGCUUACCCUACAGUUCUGAACACUACAGUCCCAAACAACAGUACAAAUGCUGCAUGGGUUGUGGCUAUCAUUGUCCCUGUGGCUAUUGUCCUCGGGCUUAUACCUUGCUGGAUUCUCCUUUGCUGUUUACUCUGUGGGUGCUGUGCAGCAAUCAGAAGACGUUGGCACAGAAGACAGUCGUACAACAUGCAGUACACCACUCGAAACAGCCUCUUCUAGAGAUAUUCAAGAACAAAACAUUGAUGUUUAAAAGAUAUAUUUUUUCCCCCUGUAUUGCUGGGCAUACAGAACCUUUGCAACUGUGAUUUUAAAGCUGUUAUUUAAGAAAUGAUUUUAUUUAUUUGUAUAUUCUGUCAUAUAAAGUGAUGGUGAUCUUGUUUCCAAAAUAAACAAUUUGGUAGUACACA